AUGGAGGCUUUCAUUUUCCUCCCCUUCAUGUUCUUGGCCAUGUUCUCAGUAUCUUCAACCCAGCCUUUGAAGACAAGUGUUUUUAAAGUAGGAGACAGUCCAGAACCUGCACUUAUUCUAGAGAGAGAAAAUGAAGCUAAUCAGCAAGGAGGACAAAAAGAACCUAAAAGGGAAACAAGAAGCAACACCCAAGGAAAACCAGGGCCACUCAUUCUGCAAGGACAACCAGGGUAUUCUAUUCAGCCAGGAAAACCAGAAAAUUUUAAACAGAAAGGGAGGCCAGGAGUUUUCAAUCAGCCUGGGAGUCUGCAAGGGAAUUCAGGACAAUCUAACCAAAAAGGGAAUCCAGAAGCUUCUAAUGAGCAAGGAAAACCAGGAUCUGUUAGCCAGCAAGGGAAGCCAGGGUCAUCUAGCCAGCAAGGGAAGCCAGGGUCAUCUAGCCAGCAAGGAGAGUCAGGGUCAUCUAGCCAGCAAGGGAAGCCAGGGUCAUCUAGCCAGCAAGGGAAGCCAGGGUCAUCUAGCCAGCAAGGGAAGCCAGGGUCAUCUAGCCAGCAAGGAGAGUCAGGGUCAUCCAGCCAGCAAGGGAAGCCAGGGUCAUCCAGCCAGCAAGGGAAGCCAGGGUCAUCCAGCCAGCAAGGAGAGUCAGGGUCAUCUAGCCAGCAAGGGAAGCCAGGGUCAUCCAGCCAGCAAGGAGAGUCAGGGUCAUCCAGCCAGCAAGGGAAGCCAGGGUCAUCCAGCCAGCAAGGGAAGCCAGGGUCAUCUAGCCAGCAAGGGAAGCCAGGGUCAUCUAGCCAGCAAGGAGAGUCAGGGUCAUCCAGCCAGCAAGGGAAGCCAGGGUCAUCCAGCCAGCAAGGGAAGCCAGGGUCAUCCAGCCAGCAAGGAGAGUCAGGAUCAUCUAGCCAGCAAGGGAAGCCAGGGUCAUCCAGCCAGCAAGGGAAGCCAGGGUCAUCCAGCCAGCAAGGGAAGCCAGGGUCAUCUAGCCAAAAAGGAAAGACAGGAUUGUCUAGGCAACAGAGAAAAUCAAAGUCUUUUUAUAAUCAAGAAGAAAGAAAAACUGGAGUCAACCCUUUGAAUGACAAUACAAUGGAGAUUCAGACUGGCCGUACUAGCAACAAGAACCCAACUGGAAAAACAAAAUGUCAAUCUAAAUAUGAACCAGUCUGUGGUUCUGAUGGAAAAACUUAUGGCAACCGCUGUGCAUUCAAUGAAGCAAAAAGACCACAGCAGAAAGUACUUCGGAGCCCACAAAGGCCUCUGGACCCCACAAAGGCCUCUGGACACAGACGCCCCGCCCACCUAAGAGCCAGGACUCAGCUCUAUUUAUCAGUGCGCAGGAGCAGUCCCAGAAUCCCCUGGGCCCUGGCCCUGCCCUCCAGGAAGCCGGCCCAUGCCUCUGGGGCAGCCUCACCCUCUAGGGGGCAGACACCACCACCACAGUCCCAUAGCCUGCGGACCGGCCUGCCCACAGAAAGUCAGACCCUGCCCUGGAACCAGCUGGGCCCUGGUCCUGCCCGACUGCAGUUCAACACAAGCUUCAGGAUACCCCAGACCCCAAGUCCAGCUGUGUCAGGAACCAGCCCGGCACUGACACUGGCUCUGGGACCCCUGGGUCCUGCAACCAGACUCUAG